GCUUUAGCUGCAGGAAUAGAAACAUUAAGAAGUGGAGCGGUCUUAGGUGCACGGGUCAUGUGGCGUCUUUGUGAAAGAUAUGCCCUGUAUGACUAACGUUCUUCAACUUGACAGACUAUUCUAAAAGAGGAAAAAAAUAUCCCCUUUCUGGACAUAUUCAUUCAGCGUGUAUGGGAGAUUGGAAGCUGAGGCCUAGGGAAGAAUGAGUCGUCGCGGGAGCAGGAGGAGGAACAGUCGGAGGAGGAAGAGCCCCACCAGCAGUAAACAGAGUGCCUCUCAAUGCGUUUUUCAAAAACAAAACAAAAGUAACAGUGUGGUUUGCCAGGAUGAUAUCACUGAGAAAGGAGAAAUUGAAUCAUUACGUAAAGAAAAUAUUUUGUCAGACUCUGAUGAAGAGGGAAAAUACAGUGAGAUUCCAAGCAAAGAGAAAAAAGUCAGGCGAGACAGUCAAGGGGAGUCCUCUCGAAACAAAAGGCCACCUAGCAUUGCAAAGCAAGAGAACAUAGACAGGGGGGUGAAAUUCACAACUUUGGUAACCAUUGACGAUUUGCAACCAUCAUCUUCAAAAAUCAUCUUUCAGCACUCUCGUAUUGGCUCGAACAUGAAGUUUGAAAUUCAAGAAAUUCUACAGUCCGAUAACUCAGGGAUCAAGACAGUAUAUGUGUUCGAAAGUCAACAGGGGGCUACUGGAGAGCCUUGUGUCCAGAGUCAACGUGAGAAGAGACUCAGUCCAAAUAAUGAUUUAAUUCAGCAGUCAUGGACUCUAAACCCAAAUGUAAACAUCACAGUGCACAGUCAAAACAGGAAGCACAACUACGAAUUUAGCAUUCCAGAAAGCAGCAAGGAUGCAAGGGUCACAGCAAGACAUAGCAUUGCCUCAAGGUGUUGUGGGGAAUUGGCCUGCCGCAAAAGCUGCUGUGAUGAUCAAUUUGCUUUUCACCGUUCGCCCAGCAACAAUGACACCGACUUCACAAUGGCAGGUGGGUCCUCCAGCCCAUCCCCUUUGCCUGACUUCUGGAAAAGCACAGAUGCACUGUGUGACAUUCCCCCACCAUGUGAGUUUUCCGACCGUAAAUAUGAACCCCUGGCAGACCUUACCGAAGACAUAGCUUCCUGUCAGAUUGGAGCUUGUUGUACUAUGGACAAACAGCAAUGGGUAUUCAGUCCACCACCCUCCAUGAGGCACCAUAAAGACUCUGGUUGCCCCUACUCACUUGAUGGUGAAGACAGUGCCCAUUUGGCAUCUUUCUUCGACAGCGUAUCGGAAUCAGACAACUAUGAACCCAUGUUCAUGAGACCACCAUUGUCAGUAAGCAGGUCCAGUUACACCAAAGACUUCAUCCAAAACCACGAGAUGAAGACCCAGAUGCGUAACAAUAGCAUAGCUACCGUAGAAUGCAAAACCUGCUUGUCGUCCAGUUAUCUACAAAAGCCGACGAAGAGGCGGCGGACUUUCCCAGGAGUGAAAGAAGAACCAAGUCAAAUGCAGGAGGGCCUACCUUCGUGGGAGGGAAGGGAGUCCUUUUCGUCUGGCACCAUCUCCUCUUACAUGAUGGAGUCCCUUCCGCUCCAAGCAGAGAGACUAAGGAGACUGACAGCAGACCACCAGGAAGAUGAGAGGCUUUGUCCCUUUAGUGCAUUGAGUUGUAAAUCCUCCCAAAGCAGCUGCAGUUACAGACCCAGCUCCAGCAAUGUAAACAGCCACCUCGAGCCACAGCAACAACUGAUCAAUCCGUCAUACGCAUCUACGUCCGUGGAGGCUGUACAGGAGGUCUUCCAGUUACCAGAGCCAAGGCACCUACCAUGUGAAGAACCCAGAGGACCCGACCUGGACUUCGGAGGGAAUGCAUUGGCGGACAUGGCUUUUGGAGUGGAGCAGAUCGAAGUGGCAGAGAGCGGCUUUGAUGAAGACAUGGGGGAAGUGGAGGACCACAGCCUAGAUCCCACGAUGGAGGAGCUCACUCAGAGGGACCUGCUUGUUCAGGUCCUCCCUCCCUCCCCUUCCAAACUGUCAUCCGAAGAGAAUUCAGUUACCGAUCUUCAAUCCAUGCGGCGAAGAGGAUCAGUCAUGGCCAUAACAACAGGGGGCACUGAGCAAAGGUUCUUGCAGAGUGUCUCCAAACUAGCAGAGAGCGCAGCUCUGAAUAGUCCCCACUGGGACGCCUUCAACGUAAUCCCAGAGGCACGGUCUGUGUUCCCCAUACUGAACAUGGAGAUGGACUCAAGAAUCACAAGUAAAGCUACAGAGGAAGUUAGACUAACCCCGAAAAGGUCUCUUACUGUAAGAGCUAGCAUCUCCAGCCCUACUCUUUCACAGAUUGAGGAGGGGAAAGAACCUCCUUCAAAAUACAAGAUUGUAGAGGAUUCAGGCAUGGAAAUUGCAGAGGCACCCAGUCCAGAUCAUGAAUCUCAAGACCAAGAGACAGAAAGCAAGUGGAAGCCCAAGCUAUAUCAGUCAGAUUCUACAGCGGAAAAACAAAGUGUGUCCAAAUCCUCCUUAGAGGUCAAGGACAACGGCCCCGAGCACUGGGCUAAGAGACGGAAUCUCUUCAAGGACAGCAAGCAAUGGAGCUCUGUAGGAGGAAGCUCCAUAACCAGCAGCAUCAAUGAGGAGUCAGGAAUUUCAGAAGACAGUCGUUCUGUUGACAUGGCUGCAAGGGACCUUGGAGAUAAGGGUUUCUACACAGAAACCUUCCACUGUGCGUCUUGGAUUUACAGUGGAGACGAAGUCAGUCCGACUGCUGGGCCAGUUCCUCCUGGUCUCCAACCUCGAACUGUCACAAUUCGUGAGAGGACGGUCAAGAUUUGGAAAGGAAUGGGAGAGUACCCCUGGGGGUUCAGAAUACAGUUUUCCAAACCUAUUGUGGUCACAGAGGUCGACACAAAUGGAGCAGCCGAGGAGGCGGGGCUAUUGGUGGGAGAUUUCGUCAUGGCCGUCAAUGGGAUCGAUGUCACCAGUAUCCCCCACUCUGAGGCAGCUGACCUGGCAAGACAAGGCCCAGACCUCCUGACUAUGACCAUUGGCUCAGACAUCGGUCGAGGCCCCAACACCCCCAGACCUACCUGCCGGGGCUACCUCCAUAAACGCACCCAGUCUGGCCUGAUUAAGGGUUGGAGAAGGAGGUGGUUCGUGCUCAGACAUGACUGCUGCCUGUACUACUACAGACAUAAAAAGGAUGAGGGGAGGAAGCGAGCUCUGUCAUCUUUUAAGCUAGAGGGAGCAGAUGUUGCAGGGGACCCCUCGCUGGGGAAACCCUUUGUGUUCAAGUGCUGCCCCCUGUCUGCCAACCGAGUGUACUACUUCUCUGCUACAUCCAACCUGGAGAUGAAAAGGUGGUUAGAUGCUAUGGACAGAGCUGUUCAUCCUGUAACACAGAAUCACGUGUGGGUGGAUGUGACUCGCCACAACGCCAGCCUCCCGCCACUGGCCGUGAAGAACCCAGAGUGUCUGGGCCUGCUUCACCAGAUCGACAGGAAUAACAAGGACACAUGGGUGCAGCACUACUGUACACUGAAGGACGGCUGUCUCUACUUCUACGCAGGCAUCCGCUCAACUCACGCUCUGGGGGGGAUCUACUUACAUGGGUACACUGUGAGGGAACAGUCCUUGGGAUCCAAGAAAUCCACCAUUGAACUGAAACCCCCUUCGGAAGAGUACAAAACCUUCUAUCUCUGUGCUGAAAACCCCAUGGAAAAUAAACGAAGUUCAUGUUCACAGAUGGAUCUUGUCUAUAAAAGCAUCCGCCAAAAAAUGGCUACCGUACCAUCAGGCCGUUCAGGACUACAUGAAUCGACCACCAGAGGAGACCAGAAUGUGAGCUCGAUGGAUACUCCUCGCAUCGCAACCAACCUUUACUGUCCUAGCUUCUGGUUUGGUUUAACCAAAAGCAUGUUAAAGGAUCACUUUACUCAAAAACUUGUUAUGAUGCAAAACAUAUCAUCAUCAUCAUCACAGUUUUUUACUCUGUACUGAAAACUUGACUACUGACAUGCACAAUGGGAUUUUGGGGGGGGAUUGUAUUAACAGUGAACUUAUGAUCAAAAUACUAAAGUAUAUAGUUUUUGAGUGACCUAUCCCUUUAAUAUUGGUUAUGUUUGACUUUCCUUGAAGGAUUCCAUGUAAAGCUGAAAAUUGAAUGGGAAUUUGAGUAUUUCAAUGCAGUUUAACUUCAGGUCGCUUUACUCUACCCUGAGUGUCAGUCAGUUUACGUUAUCAUGCAAGAGUCCAAACACACAGAUCUGGGACCAGUCUUACCCUUGUUGGACGACCAGCUGUUCAAGGCAUUUACAGUAUGUUCACUUCAGAAUCAUUAUUACCGGCACUUUGGGAAAACUACUCUUUAACUAACAGUGUACUUUGAAGAUGUCCAUAGUCUUUAUUUUUUAAUUUUGGAGGGAAAAUAUUUUUUUCUUUUAAAUAGACCUUGGGAGUAUUGUAGAGUAUGUUGGAAAAGAAGAUAGAAUGUUUUUCACAGAUCCAUUCACAUUUUGAAGUAAUUGCUGCUGCUAUUCGUAUGCUUUUUCAACAAUUUCUCCAGAUUCUCACUGAACAGUCUGCAAGUAUUUGGUAAUUGAAUGAGUUUCUGGCAUUAUGCAUUUUAUAUGCAUUUGUAAACAUAUGAUAUGGAUGGAGUUGUCUGGAGGAUUUUGAAUUGUUGCUAUGGGCUUGCUGUAUGUUUUGAUACCGUUAGCUUCCUUAGCGAUCCUGCACUACACCAUUUCAGAGAUGAGGAUGUUGGCUGAAUAAUAAAUACAUAAUAAAUUACAUGACAGUUUGACUAUAAUAA